UGUUGUGUUGCGUACACAAUGAAGCGGAAACAAACCACGACGUAUAGACGGAGCGUAUUAGGAAGCUGUAAUGUAAAUAUCAUAAUACUGCGUCGCACGUAAUUCGUUUGGACAAGAAACGUUCACCGCACAGCACGAUGAGACUUCGAAUUUCAUAAUAUUCGCAAGCACCGUAGAGGGCGGUUGUGAUUCAGCAAGGGAACAAGCGAAAGCAACCGGCAAUGGCAGCUGAAGCAACAACGACGACGACAACAGCAUUCGACAAGGCAGCCGGUAGUAGUGAUUCGUCCCUGUCUACAAAGGAUAAAAGUUGGUGCAACUGGUGGACUGGUACAUCCUUCGACAUGUUACGCGCGUUGGAAAAGCGGAUCCUUUCCUAUCUCAAGACACCGUACCGUGGGAGCUUCGUUGACGUGGGGCAUUGUGUUGGUGAAGCGGAUAAAGUAUGGACGCUCUCGCUUAACACAGAAUCCCCGAAUGUGCCGCUCGUGCUGGUGCAUGGACUCGGUGCUGGCGUUGCACUUUGGGUGCUGAAUUUAGAUGCACUUGCUAAAGAUCGGCCAGUGUAUGCGAUCGAUGUGCUAGGGUUCGGUCGCAGCUCCCGGCCACGCUUUUCGUCCGAUCCGAUGGUGGUGGAGAAGCAGUUGGUUAAAUCUAUAGAGGAAUGGAGACGUGAGAUGAACUUGAAGGAGAUUAUACUGCUCGGCCACUCGAUGGGUGGCUUUAUCGCAGCCAGCUACGCGCUCUCCUAUCCGGACCGGUUGCGCCAACUCAUACUGGCCGAUCCGUGGGGUAUGCCGGAGAAGCCGAAAGAUUUCGAAAACAACGUACGCAUCCGGUUCUGGUUGAAACCAAUCUUUGCCGUCUCGAAGAUGCUGAAUCCACUCUGGCCGAUACGUUUCGCUGGACCGUACGGACCGUCGCUGGUGAACCGCUUCCGGCAGGAUAUUGUGAUGAAGUUCUCGCCCAUCAUUACGGAUGGAAUGGAUAUAUCAAACUAUAUCCAUCAAUGCAACUCUCAGAACCCAACUGGUGAAGGUGCUUUCCAUACGAUGAUGCAAGAUUUUGCAUGGGCAAAAAAUCCGAUGCUUAAUCGUAUCGGCGAGAUAAAAAGUACCGUGCCGAUCACCGUACUGUACGGCUCCAAGUCCUGGCUGCUGAACACCAGCCCACCCGACAUCGUAAAUCAGCUAGAGGUGAACAGUUCUGUAAAUGUCAAAAUUAUCGAAGGAUCCGGCCAUCACAUAUACGCCGACGAUGCGGACGCCUUCAAUCAAAUGGUCAAUGAAGCCUGCCGCGCAGCGGACAAUGUGCAGAAGGUAGAGGAAUAACAGAAGCCCAGCGCUGAAUUGCAGCUGCUGUCCCCUGGUAGAAAGGGCAAUUUUCUUCCGCCUACAUCCUGACAUUCUAGAGCUUCAUAACAGGUUGCUUAUCCAUUGAUCCAUUACUCCAAAUAACAGGCAGGUUUUUUGGUUGAACGUGCAUUGUUUCGUCGCGUGCAGAUGACGGUGCGCAUAAUGUGAGUGUACGAUAUGAAAAGUGAUUGGUCAUUCGCUGAUGACAUCAUACGUAGCAAUUGCUUAGCCGUGUUCCGUAUCAGCCUCUCCGGACACGUGUCGGGGGAGGUAGAAAAUCGCCUUGUCAUGAUGCUCGACGCUGUUGGGAAAGAAGUUUCGACAGCAGGUGCGGUAAGAUGUUCUAGUGUGGUUGUUGUGCUAUUUCGCGGAUUAAAUCCGCUACUGUAGUUGUAGUUGCGUGUAAGUAUUGAAAGCCGAGCCGAGACGCCUUGCUGAGUGAUCAAACGUCAGGAAUGCUAGAGUUAUGUAAAGUUGUAACAAGUAAUAGAAACGUAAGGCAUUACAUAUCGUUAAACAUGUG